AUGGAAAAUGCAUCAAAUUUAUCACCAAUUGAAGAAGCAAUAUUAAAACGUGUAUUAAAUAAUCCAACUGUUGAAGGUGUUAUUGUAACAAAUGAACAAGCACAACUUCAAUAUACAUCAUUAGAUAAUAAUGUUACAUUUUUCAUAAGUUCAAAAUUACUUUCUUUUGCUAAUAUUGUUCGAUCGGUUAUUCGUGAUAUUGAUCCUGCAGACAAUUUAUUAACACUUCGUCUUCGAACACGACAUAAAGAAAUGAUGGUUGUUACACCCAAUGAUGGCAUGCAAGUAAUUGCUAUACAAAAGAUUAAUUUAUCAUCAUCAUCAUCAUCAUCAUUAGCACAACAACAAAGUGACAAUGAACAUAAUGACAAUAUUUCAUAG